AGCCAACCCUCGUGACUUAGUCACAUUUCCGCGCACUGCUGUAGACGUCAUAGAAAAAGUAUUUAUUACAGGUACACGGUACCAUAUUUAAAGCAAAGCGCGUUUAUUACACAUACGGUCAAUUAUUUAAGAUUUUUUAUUUUGCGUAUAAAAAACAGGAUGACACUUGACUUGUGGAUAUUCUAUAAAACAUGGCAUCUAAUGUGCAUUCGUUUUUUUUGUUCUGGGACGAAGAAAUACAUCUUUCUAAAAAUGAAAAAUUGCCUAAUUGGAAAAUAUCAAAAGUGCCGGAAAAAUCUCUUCCAAUUAGCAGAAACGAUCCCACAUUUUAAUACAUAUCACACGGAUGCAUUAAAAUUAGACUAUAAUAUAUGGUUCCGGAAUUCUAAUAUAACAACACCAAAAUGCAUUGCGGUCGCAUAUUGAUCAAGUAUAUACAAUUUGACGUAUUGGUAAUUUUGGCAACUAUAAGGCUUGGAAACGCAAAUUAUCCUGGACCACGCAGUCGGGAAAGAAAUUUAGGUAAUAGCAACGGAGUAAAAACUGAAGAAUCAUCACAUAUCGUAAACUCCGGUGGUGUAAGAACAGUUGGUGAAGUGUUUGUGCCAAAAACUUUUUCACUUAACUCACAGGAACCGACAUGCGAACAGCUUCGCGCCAUGUGGAUUUUUUCAAAAAGGCAAUCCCGAGCUGCAGAAAUAACUAAUGAAAUUCCAACAUAUAGAGAUCCCUUUACUUAUAAUGUUUGGGAGCCUCUUUUGUUGAACUCUCGAAUGCUGGGAUCGAUAAGGAUGAGCGCAAGGGAAAGAGCCAGGUCACCUGUUUUUGGCCGUGUUCUCAAUCGAGAGCCAAAUGCACCACAGCGUAUUCCAUUUGAGCACCAUCAAAGAUUGGAUGAAUUUGGAUCAAGCGCUUCUGAUUUAAGUCACUCUCGUUAUUAUGGCGCCGAAACGCGACCACAAACGGGAACUUCUUCCUCAAUUCGUAGGUCUAGCAAAAAUCGGCAUAUGGGAAUCCCAAAUAUUACCGGAAAUAAUCCAAAAGAAAGUAAAAAUUCAGUUGCUAUACAAGGUAGCUUUCAGAAGCUUAAAGAGCUAAUUUGGACUGAGAGGGCCAAGGAAUUAAUAGAUCAACGUCGAGAUGAGGAGUUGGCAGCGCGUUCGGCUGCCCUUAAAGAAAUUGCUAACGGAAAAAACUUACAUUCAGAUUAUCAUCAUCAAGUCGGAAGCUUAUCUGAUUCUUUAUUAAUGGAUGAAAAUCGAAGUCCUGAAGAAAAUAGAUACCAAGAUAGUGACGCCAAUCGGAAGUCAAUUCUAAAUGAUCAACAUUUUCAAAGUAACAAAAAUAGCCAUAGAUCUGGUUUCAGAGCAACUACGCGUCGCAUUGGAAAUACCCCUUACAAUAAUAAAGAGGUUCAAGCAAAUAAAGAACUUAAAAGCUUGUUUUCUGGAAGCAAUAGAGCUGCCCGCAUUAAAAUUCCAGCUACUGAAUUUUUAUCAGACGAUUCCGCAGAAAGCGAUCUCUCCGUUGUUGGAAUCCCAAGAACAUACCCAAUAAGAAAAUCACACUUCAGAGAGAGAAAUCGAUCACUUCUAAAAGAGCCACAAAUAAAUGGUAAUUUUCAUCGAUUUUUGAGAGGAUUACCGUCAUGGCCUUCCAAAAUGUCUACACAAGAAAUAGAAAGCAGUAAUUUGUUAUCUAAGGAAAAUUUGUUAGGCAACAAACUGGAUAUACUUCAACAUCAAAAUCAUCCGAAUGAUGAUAAUUAUUUGGCAUCUUUAGAAAGCAACGAGCAAUUAAAAGUGUUAAAUGAACAAAAACGAGCAGCUGAUGGAUUUGAUCUUGGAAUCUAUGAGUACGAUAACUCUAGCCGCUAAAUGUUUGUGGAAUACAUUAGUCUCAUUAUUAUACAUUUUAAUUACACCUAAUAAAAAUUUAAUAAUCUGAAUUGUAAAUACAGGCGAAUGUUAAUUUAAAUGCCUAUU